UAUCGCAAUCAUUGCCGGCAAAAAUUGAACGAAAGCAGUGUACUGUACAAACAGUCAAAGGAAAUCAGCACAAUAAACUAUGGCACCAGCCCAUCAGGUUUGUACGUCUUUCUGUUCAUCUCCUAUACAUCCUAAUUCUUUAAAGACCGCGCUUUGUUUACAUUUUGAACUCAGUGCUACAGUUCUAAAAUAUUACUAUUAGAUAUAUACCGGGUGGCGCAAAAAAAAGUUCACGCGUUUGAUUUAGUACAGCGAAAAAACUAUAAGUGUUACGUUCCUCAAAUAAAUGUUAUCCUAUCCACGAAGGCCUAACUUAAAUUUUGAUGUAUAACACAUGCAUUUUUGUUUAGUAUUACCCAAGAUAUUGGUAAAUCAAUUUGAAUAUGCAAUUUCAAAACGUUCCAAAAUUAGCUGAAAAUAGCCUAUUAAAUACGAGUAAAGGAAUUAACGAUAUAUGAAGAACACAACGGCAGUAAAUAACGCGUUUAUCAUGGAAAAUUAAAUAACUAUAUUCUUGCACGUGUGACCAUACUAUCGAACGAACUAACGUUGGAUUUAUUUGCUGGUCAAAGUUAUGGCAAUCAGCAAUAAUCGCUUCACGAAGCUGUCUCAAAUUGUUCGGUUGUUGAUCUAAUUUAAUUCCCUGUAGCUAUGGGACAUGGAAUACUGCGAAGCAAUUCUUAAUUAAAAGAGCCAUCUUUUUCGAAAUUUUGUUGCUUUUCAAAUGAUAAUAAAACAAAUAAAUAAAUAAGGAAAAUCAUUCGUUACACGUUUCAAUUCAAAUUAAAUUCAUACAAGCGAAUAUGUCUGACGAAAUUCUAAAAUUUAUCAAAACAGUUUAAUAGGCCAUUUUUAGCCAAUUUGUCAGAUUUUCAAAACUUCGUUCCAAAUUUUAUUUGGCGAUAUCCCAGUCAAUAUUGCACGUAAAUAAACAUGCUAUAGCUCAAAAUUUAAGUUAGACUAUUAUGAAUACAGCUACGUUUAUUUCAGGGAUGUAACCCUUAUAGAUUGUUCGCUGUACUAAAUCAAACAGUUAUACUUUUUUUUGCGCCACCCGGUAUUAUACUGAAUUUUUAACACCCUUCUGAUUUCGCUAUGCUCGUAAGUGAAUACAGACUAGAGAUUCAAAUAUUCAAUUCAAGAAAGUUCGGAAGGUGCGAAAUAUUAAUAGGGAGCUUUAGCAGCGACGAGUACAACUGCUGUGACGACUACGAGUACGAGAUUCGUCAAGCGAAACGGAUGCUGUAUGCUUUAUACGGAGUUACGCCAUUCCGUACUGACGCAAAAAAGUCGUAGCCGCCGCCUAUCUGAGUACGAAAUUGUGGAGAAAUUCCGUAGUCCUCACGACGACUUAUAAAAAAACAAAGAAAGUUUGCUUUUCUUUGUUUUCCAAAAAUAAUUUGUAGCGUUUAUAUAGCGUUUAUCCGGCGCAAAUAAUAUAUUAGUACUAAAUAGCUGGCUUGUUUUUAAUGUUCUGACUUAUUUGCACAUUUUGUAGGGGAUUUUAGUCUGCAGGAGAUUUAGUUUAUGAAACUUUUUCUCUCGUCGUUUGUUUACUGUUAUAAAAGCAACAUUUGAACGGAAACAAGAACGACUAUACGGUGAUUUCCUCGCACGCGAUCAAAUCACGUACUCGUACUCGCUGCUAUUAAAAACUCCCUAAUAACAUUCCAACGGUCGAGUCCCGACCAUUGGGAUGUAGGCCCGCGCAGAACGUAUGCGCAAGAACGGACUUUACAUGGUCUUUAAUGUACAAUUAUUUAACUAAAGCAUUACAUUUUAACUUCAGCCAAGACGUCUAGAUGGCAUUCUGCGUGAACCGUGCAUCUCGGAGGUGACACACCACGACAUCAACAAAGCAUUAAGGCUUUGUCCACAGCAGUGUGACGACUGCCGACGUCUCGUGCAAUGGGCGAAGGUAUUCGUGACGAAUAUGCCCAGCCACGCAAGACGAAAUUGCAAGAUAGAAAUCAAUCCUCCUCACUUUACAGUGAUUUACUGGUCAGAUACAGGCUACCAAGAAAACCACUUUGUAUUUCAGAUGAUAGGUGAUAACAUAUAUAUCACCACUAUGAAUGAGAGUUGGAGAAUGUGGUUUCAGCGACUGGCCAGCGAAUUUUGGUCGUCAGUGAAGAAUGCUGCUGGAUAUAUCUUGAAGAUAGUAUUACGCGCACUAACAGGUGCGGAUCGCGACGCAUUGGAGUAAUGGAAAUGUGAACACUAUUAAAAGGCUGUAAAGUCCGUUCUGCUUAUCAGUUCUGCUCAUAUUUACAAAGGGAGACCCUCAAUCUCUUACCCAGAGCAAUGCUUUCGCCCGCGCACAGGCAUUGCUCUGCAUGGCUACGAGAUUGGGCAAUCUCGUUCCCAGAGUAUGCCUGUUCGCGGGUUAGGUAGUGAUUGGAGAUUGGGAAAAGGGCACAAAUAUAAACAUUGCCAAAUUUUGCGUCUUUCGAACUUUUUUGAAUUGAAACGUUAUAGUUUAUAUUCAUUGACAUUAUAGCGAACCAGAAAAGUGUUAGAUAUUCAGUUAGUAUAUCAUAUUUUACAAUUGUAGCAGUUCAAAAUGUAAACAAAACGUUUGUUUUGUACAUAUACGGACUUUACAGAAUCUUUAUUCUUUAACUAAAGCCCGCCGCACACGAGAGCAACUUGCUGAGUUAAGCGCCUCGCAAAGCGGUUAGCUCACCAAGCUGCUCUCGUGUGCGUAUAGUUUUCGUGAGGAUUUAACCUCUCGAGGCCUUGACGUAAAUAUCUAUCGUGUUUGAUAUUUUUCACCUGGCGAAGAAAAAAUCUCAGCGUCUGCGGAUGUUGUGAGCUAAGUGUUGAGCUGUUUGAAUGAAUUAGCCAAUGACAAACCAUAGUUUCUUCAUGUGACUUGGAACAAAAUGGAGGAAAAUGCAAAUGAUUUUGUCAAUUAUGUUGUUGUUGAGUAGUUUUCCCAACGUGUGCGGUGAAAAUACAUAGCUGAGUUAGCUGCCUCGCGAGGCGGUUAGCUCAGCAAGUUGCUCUCGUGUGCGACGGGCUUAAAAUACGUCGAUAGAUCACUUUAUAUAAUACCUUAUUGAAUUCUGAUCGUUUAAUUGUAAUGUUGAAUUUUGUGUUACUGUCUGACUGUCUUGUACCAUUCAUUUAUUUAGUAUACUUUUAUUACUUCUAUUUGGUAAAUUACACUUACCACGGGCGAGAACGGAAGUAGCAAAACAUUCUUUUUAUUAUAAUGAAUGCUUAACUUAUAAUAAAACCUUAGACAAAAUUUUAACUUUGUUGACUAUAGUAAUGUAGAUUUGACCAUAAUUUUAUUGAUGGUUUAAUAGCUAUAAAUUUUAUUGAUGGUUAUAAUUAUUUUAUUGAAUAAAAUGGUG